GAGAGCCAGCCGGCCGCCGCGCGCACCCGCCGCCCCGCGUCUCCCGCGCACGGCUCUCCCCACGCGCGCGCCUCGCUCACGGACGCACGUUCGUUUCCCUUCGCGCGCCCGGGUCUCGGCGGCGGCGGCGGCGGCGGCAGCGGCGGCCGCGGGCGGACCGCGCGGGGCAGCUCCGUAGCGGCCGCCGCGGGCUGGCCGGCGGGCCAUGGAGGCGGAUGGGGCCGGCGAGCAGAUGAGACCGCUACUCACCCGGGGUCCUGAUGAAGAAGCCAUUGUGGAUCUUGGCAAAACCAGCUCAACUGUGAACACCAAGUUUGAAAAAGAAGAACUAGAAAGUCAUCGAGCUGUUUAUAUUGGUGUUCACGUCCCGUUUAGUAAAGAGAGUCGUCGGCGUCACAGGCACCGGGGACACAAACAUCACCACAGGAGGAGAAAAGAUAAAGAAUCAGAUAAAGAAGAUGGACGGGAGUCUCCUUCCUAUGACACACCAUCCCAAAGAGUUCAGUUCAUUCUUGGCACUGAAGAUGAUGAUGAAGAGCACAUUCCGCAUGACCUCUUUACGGAAAUGGAUGAACUGUGUUACAGAGAUGGAGAAGAGUACGAAUGGAAAGAAACCGCCAGAUGGCUGAAAUUUGAAGAGGAUGUUGAAGAUGGUGGUGACCGGUGGAGUAAACCUUAUGUGGCAACUCUCUCUUUGCAUAGUCUUUUUGAACUCAGAAGUUGCAUCUUAAAUGGAACAGUCAUGCUGGAUAUGAGAGCAAGCACUCUAGAUGAAAUAGCAGAUAUGGUAUUGGACAACAUGAUAGCCUCUGGCCAACUGGAUGAGUCCAUAAGAGAAAAUGUCAGAGAAGCUCUUUUGAAGAGACAUCAUCAUCAGAAUGAGAAAAGAUUCACCAGUCGGAUUCCCCUUGUGCGAUCUUUUGCAGAUAUAGGCAAGAAACAUUCUGACCCUCACUUGCUUGAAAGGAAUGGGGAAGGCCUGUCAGCCUCCCGCCACUCUUUGCGAACAGGCCUGUCUGCCUCAAACCUUUCCCUGAGAGGAGAGUCGCCUUUCUCCCUUCUUCUCAGUCAUCUUCUUCCUUCUUCAAGAGCUGGAAGCCCUGCAGGCUCAAGGUGUCCAACCCCAGUACCCACCCCUCAGCACAGCCCUCCUUCCAGCCCUAGCGUCAGUCGCCCGACCUCCAGAAGUUCCCAGCAGAGUCAGCCUCAGGCCCCAGAGCUGCUGGUCUCACCUGCCAGUGAUGCUGUCCCCACAGUAGUAAUUCAUCCGCCCGAGGAAGACUCGGCAGCGCCCACAGGCCAGGAGCAGAAGGCUGAGGACAAUGUUGGCAUGACUCCAGGUGUUUUGGCCUCUCCACAGUCUGCACCUGGAAACUUGGAUAAUAGUAAAAGUGGAGAAAUUAAAGGUAAUGGAAGUGGAGGAAGCAGAGAAAAUAGUACUGUUGACUUCAGCAAGGAGUCUGCCUCCUGGCACUGUAGUUGUGGCACACUGGGUGUGGGACUCAAGAGGCCCGCUGUUGAUAUGAAUUUCAUGAGAAAAAUUCCUUCAGGAGCCGAGGCAUCCAAUGUUCUGGUGGGAGAAGUAGACUUUUUGGAAAGACCUAUAAUUGCAUUUGUGAGACUGGCCCCUGCUGUUCUCCUCUCGGGGUUGACUGAGGUCCCUGUUCCUACCAGGUUUUUGUUUCUGUUAUUGGGUCCAGCAGGCAAGGCACCACAGUACCAUGAAAUUGGAAGAUCAAUAGCCACUCUCAUGACAGAUGAGAUUUUUCAUGAUGUAGCCUAUAAAGCAAAAGACAGAAACGACCUCUUAUCUGGAAUUGAUGAAUUUUUAGAUCAAGUAACUGUCCUACCUCCAGGAGAGUGGGACCCUUCCAUACGCAUAGAGCCACCAAAAAGUGUUCCUUCUCAGGAAAAGAGGAAGAUUCCUGUAUUUCCCAAUGGAUCUGCCCCCAGCUCGGGUGAGACACCUAACGAGGCCGGUCAUCAUGCCGGGCCUGAGCUGCAAAGGACUGGACGGCUUUUUGGUGGUUUGAUACUUGACAUCAAAAGGAAAGCACCUUUUUUCUUGAGUGACUUCAAGGAUGCAUUAAGUCUACAGUGCCUGGCCUCGAUUCUUUUCCUAUACUGUGCCUGUAUGUCUCCUGUAAUCACUUUUGGAGGGCUGCUUGGAGAAGCUACAGAAGGCAGAAUAAGUGCAAUAGAGUCUCUUUUUGGAGCAUCAUUAACUGGGAUUGCCUAUUCGUUGUUUGCUGGGCAACCUCUAACAAUAUUGGGGAGCACAGGUCCAGUUUUAGUGUUUGAAAAAAUUUUAUUUAAGUUCUGCAGAGAUUAUCAGCUUUCCUAUCUGUCUUUAAGAACCAGUAUUGGUCUGUGGACUUCCUUCUUGUGCAUUGUUUUGGUUGCAACAGAUGCGAGCAGCCUUGUGUGCUAUAUCACUCGAUUUACAGAGGAGGCUUUUGCAGCUCUUAUUUGCAUCAUAUUCAUCUACGAGGCUUUGGAGAAGCUCUUUCACUUAGGAGAAAUAUAUGCAUUUAAUAUGCACAACAACUUAGAUAAACUGACCAGCUACUCAUGUGUAUGUGUUGAACCCUCCAACCCUAGCAAUGAAACCCUCAAGGUGUGGAAGGAAAAGAAUUUAACAGCACACGAUAUUUCCUGGGAGAAUCUCACUGUUUCUGAAUGUAAAACCUUUCAUGGUGUGUUUGUAGGGUCAGCCUGUGGUCUUCAUGGACCUUAUAUUCCAGAUGUGCUCUUUUGGAGUGUCAUCUUAUUUUUCACAACAUUUUUUCUGUCUUCAUUCCUCAAGCAGUUUAAGACCAAGCGGUAUUUUCCUACCAAGGUGCGAUCGACAAUCAGUGACUUUGCUGUAUUUCUCACAAUAGUAAUAAUGGUUGCAAUUGACUACCUUGUAGGAGUUCCAUCUCCUAAACUUCAUGUUCCUGAAAAAUUUGAGCCUACUGAUCCAAGUAGGGGCUGGAUCAUAAGCCCGUUGGGAGAAAAUCCUUGGUGGACUUUGUUAAUAGCCGCUAUCCCAGCUCUGCUUUGUACCAUUCUCAUCUUUAUGGAUCAACAGAUUACAGCUGUCAUCAUAAACAGAAAGGAGCACAAAUUGAAGAAAGGAGCUGGCUAUCACCUUGAUUUGCUCAUGGUUGGUGUUAUGUUGGGCGUCUGCUCUAUCAUGGGACUUCCGUGGUUUGUGGCUGCAACAGUGUUGUCAAUAAGUCACGUCAACAGCUUAAAAGUUGAAUCUGAAUGUUCUGCUCCAGGAGAACAACCCAAGUUUUUGGGAAUUCGUGAACAGCGAGUUACAGGGCUAAUGAUUUUUAUUCUCAUGGGCCUGUCUGUGUUCAUGACUUCAGUGCUAAAGUUUAUUCCAAUGCCUGUCCUAUAUGGCGUUUUCCUUUACAUGGGAGUUUCCUCAUUAAAAGGAAUCCAGUUCUUUGACCGUAUAAAAUUAUUUGGAAUGCCUGCUAAGCAUCAGCCCGAUCUGAUAUACCUUCGCUACGUGCCUCUCUGGAAGGUCCAUAUCUUCACGGUCAUUCAGCUUACUUGUCUGGUUCUUUUGUGGGUGAUAAAAGCUUCAGCCGCUGCGGUAGUUUUUCCCAUGAUGGUUCUCGCAUUAGUUUUUGUACGCAAACUCAUGGAUCUGUGUUUCACAAAGAGAGAACUUAGUUGGCUUGAUGAUCUCAUGCCAGAAAGUAAGAAAAAGAAAGAAGAUGACAAAAAGAAAAAAGAGAAAGAGGAAGCUGAACGGAUGCUUCAAGCUGAUGACGACACUGUGCACCUUCCAUUUGAAGGAGGAAGUCUCUUACAGAUUCCGGUUAAAGCCCUGAAAUAUAGUGUUGAUCCCUCAGUUGUUAACAUAUCAGAUGAAAUGGCCAAAACUGCACAAUGGAAGGCACUUUCCAUGAAUACUGAGAAUGCCAAAGUAACCAGGCCUAACACGAGCCCUGAAAAGCCUGUCAGUGUGAAAAUAAAUUUUGAAGAUGAACCAACAAAGAAAUACAUGGAUGCUGAAACUUCAUUAUAGAAUUGAACCAAGAGGAACUAUAUAUAUAUAUAGCUAUACAGCUAUAUAUAUAUUUUAUUAUAUGUAUAUAUAUAAAAUGUGUGUAUUUCAUGUCACUAUAUAAAACAAUAUUGUAUGUCAUGCUAUUUAAUGCGUGACUACUGAGUUUUUGAGGUAGUGUCUGAAGUAUGCUAGGAACACCAUGGAGACUGUGUAUAUGAUGAAAUAGUCUCUUAGAAAUGAGGUACAUGGUUCUUAACUCUUCAAAUAUUUAUUUUGUUGGAAAAACAUUUUGUGUUCUGCGGUAGAAAGAUGUGGGGAAAUGCAUUCAAUCUGCUUUCCUUGAAAUCUCUUUGUCCAUCAGUGGUAAUUCAUAACAACCUUAAGUGACGUACUUUGUCCAUAUAUUUACAAUUUUUACUUGAGUUACUAAAAAUUUUUGCAUAUUAUUUCACUUCUGUUCGUUCUUUAUGGGAAGAACAGGGAGUCUUUAUGCCAGUGUUGUGGGACAAAUGUAACAUGUCACGGCUUCUCUGCAUGUGUGUUUCAUUUAUGCAGAUAAUCUGUAUGUUUCAUAAGCAGUGGAGAUUUCUUGGCUAUAAAGGUGGAACAAUAGAAAUUUUCUAGCUAAGAACUAUAGUUUUGACAUUUAUUUUUAAAUUUUUAAAAUUUAUUUUAAAUCUUAAAACUCCACAUUUAGGUUUAUAUUCCGAUAGACAAGUGAAAUUGCAGGUGAUUUUAUAAUUUAACCUAUAGCAGUCAUAACUUUAUGGAUUUUAGAAGCUAUAAAAUGCAAAUUUAUAAUAGUUAAACUUUGUUGCCUUUGUAGAAAUAUUUUCUGAAUCCUAAUGCUUUAUCAGAGCCCAGAAUGCCCACUCUGUUCUCUGCCUUUGCUGUCUUUUACUUAAAAUGUGGUUUAGUUUGUAUCAGGUUCAGGUCCUUGAUUAUUUUUCUAUUACAAGUAAUAUGAGGAAAUAAUCAGGAGUCAGAAUUCUCUUAAUGGGUUUAUGAUCAGUAUUACUUUAUUCUAAAGAAUUACCUUUCAUUUUCUUGUUUACGUUGUUAUUCUUUCUAUUGUAUAGAUACUAUUUAAUAGAUUGUUAUGUGAUUGCAUUUUAAAAUAUUUUAUUUAUUUUAAUUGAUAUACUUAAAUAUUAUAUAAACAUUUGAAAAGAUAACAAAUACAGAGUAAUUUAAAUUGUUAAUGUAAAUAGUUGGUGCUCACUUGCAUUUAUGGUUUAUUAUCUGAAAGCAGUUGACAGAUUUUACAUCUUUGAUAUAAAGCACUGCCAUAUUUGUAUUUUAAAAGGAAUUUAGACAUUUUAUGUAUAGCUCAGAUUGAUGGCAUUCUUUCUAGUUUGUGUUAGUAUUGUUGUUUUUGCUUUUCUGAGCUGCCUUUUUAACUUCUAGCACAUCUUUUUAGCCAUCUUUUAUAUACUCUUAGCUCUACAUGAAAUAAAUAAAUGUUGUUCUUGUUAAGCCUGUAGGACUGGAUGAAUGGGGUUGUGAAACUGAUUUGGCAAGAGGAUAAUUUACAAAAACCAAAUGAGUAUUGAGAAGCCACAGAGAGAAAUAGCAAAAUUGUGACAUGAAUAUUAAGAUGAAAACUUUAAUGAAAUUCCAAUGCUCCCUUUAAUCAUUUGUAAUUAAGGUACAAAAGUAUGAAAAGUUGAUCUUAUAGAGGAUCAUGAGGAAUGCCAAAAGCUGAUAUUUUAGCAAUUCUGAAGUGUUUUUCAUCCGUUCUAAACUACUUACUAAUAACUCAGAUGUCAUUUCCCAUCUGAGACCGUAUUGUCAGAUUCUAGUUAAAAUAAGGGAUUUGACUUCUGCUUCACAUGGGAAUUUGGAAAUGUAGCUACGUUUCUUUAGAAAACAUAGCCAGCAUCAUUUGGUACUGCCUGCCGAAGAGUUUUAGACUCUGUUGGCAAUCGAUAAUUGAGUAUUACCCAUGGUGCUUGUUAUUCUUCGUGAGCUUGCACUGAAAUGAUUCCUGUUUAUCCACAGCAGCAUAAUCAUUUCCAAAGACCCCAGUAUUUGCUGCUACAUUUUGUAAACUCCCCUGAUGGACCUGAACAAGGGGGAUUUCCUCACAUCAUUUCUUUGUGUCUGGACACCAUAGGGUUCACGAAUGUUUUUAUUUACAGGAAGGGGUUUUAAAUUUUAAACUGAAAACUACCUGGCAUCAUAGUGUUUCUGUAAUUUUAUUUAAUUAUGUAUAGUGAUAGUCCAGUGCCAGAAAAACCAUGACUUGCAAAAUACGUUGCACUCAAAAUGUUUUUGCUGUGUUUCUAAUUGUCAAUGGUUUCUGCUUUCUUUUGACUACUUGACUUACAAAAUGAUCUGAUAUGACUACUCCAUUGAAGAGCAAAGGUAACUCAUGUUUAUUAAGUAAUUAACUGCUUGUUUUACGUGGUUAUGAUAUUUUUCCACUGUUUUUGAAAAAUAGCGAUCGUGGAUAGUGUUCAUUGCAAGACAAGUGAAAAAUAUAAUUUACUACAUAUAUUGAUUUUUAAAUGUUGCCUUAAAUAGGUGUAAAUGAGCAGUAGUAAUUGCAAUGUACUGAUUUACCUCAAGGUGCAAAAUAAUUAAACCUGUACAUAUUCCAUUUACAAAAUAAAUUAAUAUAAACAGCCCUGCACUUUCUUAGAUGCCUUGGUUUCCAGGAUGGAACUUAGUGCUACUGAAUAUCCUGGCUACAGAGCCACCUCAGGAUUCUCUUCUCUCCACCCUGUUUUAUUUAUUUAUAGAUGUCUGUUUACAGAGACUAUAAUAAAUCCUGAUGUUGACCAUCUGAAAUUUACUUUCUUUUGAAUGCUAUUUCACUCUAAAAUAGCAGCUUUUGAGAAAACAGUGAGCUAACUUCCUUAUGAUAAAAGGAUGAUUCUGUAUGUUCUCUAAUAAUAUUAGGUAUGUUGAAGUGAAGCCUACAAACUUUCUAAUGGGUGUGUGUGUGUGUGUGUGUGUGUGUGUGUGUAUGUGUGUGUGUGCACGCGCGCAAAUGAUGUUAAAAAUCUUAAAUCUCUUAAGUUGUUAAAAAAAGCUGUGGCGUAUCAAUGUUCACAUUUGCCAAGUCUUUGUAAAACAUGUAGGACAAAAUUUAUGUGCUAAUGCAUGUGUUUAUAAAGCAGAUUCUUUACCAUUCAGAAAGAUUAACUUUUGCUUUCUCCAUCCAAAAAGCAUUUCUGUUUCUUCCUCAUACUUUAUGUAUGUAUAUAAUAGCUUUCUAAGUUUUUCCUUUCACAAAGACAGGUUCAAAAUUCCUGUAAAACAUAAAAUGGUGUCUGAAACUGAGGUAUUAUGCCGGAGCUUGCUGUCUUUCGAGGAUCAUAUCACGGACAUCAGUUCUGUAAAUGCGCUCAACAGUUUGGACAUGUGAAUCCUGUUUUAAAGUGCUCAGAUUUUGGAUGUGUAAGCCAUUGAUAUAACGUUGUGAUUCAAACAUGAUUAAAUCAAAUAACAAUGUUCUGAAUUUUAUUUAUGUAGAUUACAUCAUUGUUAUCAUACACAGUACAGAUAUGUGAAGUGUCUUUUGGUUUAGUCCAACAAUUAUUUAUGUUUUAGAAAAUAAGCUUAAAGAUUGUAAGGACAUUGAAAAUUUAAAAUAGUGUUCAGAAUUCAAAAUUUGACAAUUUUAAUGUAAAGUCGGGUUUUUUUUCCUAUCAUAUCAAAAAGUAAUAUAAGUAUCAAUAAUAGGAAAACAUAUAGUUGGAAAUGGAAUCAUCUACAGAUCAUUUUUAAACUUUAAUUUAAUUAGCACAUACCGACUUCUACAGUUGACUUAUAGCAAUUGUUAAACCCCAGUGGUUUUUUUAAUCAGAUUUUUGUGCAUUGAUUUUUGUGUUGUGGCUUCUCUUUUGUUGCUUUAAUAUUAAAAGUUUGGGGUGUUUUGUUUGUUUUGUAGGGGAGUUAUCUUCUAAUGUUUACUAUGUUUAAAUAAAUAGAAAUUGAAUUUUAUUGUUCAUUUAUAUAAUAUUUGAUAGCUUGGUAUAAUUUCACAGUACAGUUCUAAUUUUUAUGCCUUUUAUAAUUACAAUGAUAAUAUUUUCUUUUGUAAUAAAAUCCAAGGUAAAUCAAACAUUUAAAACGUAGAACUGGGUAUUUUUCAUUUAUAUGAAGUACAAGUCUCUACCAAGUCUAUAAUGUGAAUGAUCCUGCCUUUCAAAUUUGUUUCAUAAUUGUUAGAAGAAAACUAUUUUUUAGAGAUGUUAUUGAAGUUGAAAGAGCAAUAAAAGUCUACUGAAUUAGUUGUUGGA